UCUGUUUUCUUCCGUACGAUAAUGUAGCUAGUUCUAGAUCUAUGUGAUUUUGAUCUACAGGACAAGCUUGUUCAUUAUUGAAGAAAUUGUUCUAUAUUUAGUUUUAUAUAUAUAUUUAUGAUGUUCUAAUCUCGGGAUGUUCACCGCUUACUAAUUGGUUGAUUUUUCAAUUGAUUUUCAUGCAAGUUGGUUGAUUCGGAUUGGUUUGAGUUUUGCCGCUCUGCUGUAGGCCUACUCAGGUGAUUAGAUGCUUUUAAAAAUGAAUUCCAUGCCGCUGGUCCUGUGUCUGGUGGUCUUGGUUGCCAGCUUGCAAUCAGGUCAUGGUGCCGUAGACUUUUCACCAGCCAUGUGCUGCCAGUGUGGAGAUCACAGCCCUUUUGGUCUUUCAGAGAAACCAAAAAUUAUGCCAUCUCCAUUCCGUAUAGAAGUUGGAAGUGACAGCUAUGUACCCAAUAUUGAAGUCAAAGUUAACUUGACCUCUACAAGUGAACUUGCAUUUCGGUCAUUCUUCCUGGCAGCUUAUCCUUAUCCUUAUGUAAUUGGUACUAAACCUGUGGGGCAGAUUAAAUUGCUUCCUAAUCAAGAUUAUCAAACUAAAGAUGACUGCAUCACCAGAGAUAAUGCUCUGAACCAAGCUAAUUCUAAUGCAGUUAUUAGCAGAGAUGAUAAAUAUAAAAGCAAUGUCAGAUUUGUGUGGUCAGCUAACGAAAAGUAUGGACAUGUUGAGUUCAGAGCCACUUUUAUUGUAGACAGUGAUGUUUUCUGGGUGUCAGAGAAGUCAAGAGUGUUGGCUGAUGCUUCAUUAACUUAUCAUCCACAGAAGCAGCAAAUCAGCCCGAUUAAUACAGACAAGUGUGGAGACAGUAAAGGAUGUUUCAGAGAACCAGAGGGAUGUACAGAACCCAAUUGUAUGUACAUCCUGACUUGGGUGGAUGACAGUGAAAACAUUCAGUUUGAGUUAGGUGGGCUUGCGGAUGGCUCCAAUGAUAGAUAUGUAGCCUUUGCCAUAUCUGAUGACAAAUACAUGGGAGAUGACACAGUCUUUACAUGUGCACACAAUUCUGCUAGAGACAAAACUGAAGUAUUCUUGUCUUACAACACUAUAGAUCCUAAAACUAACAACCCUAUUCCCAAAUACAAAGUAGCAAGCCAGGAUGAUGUUUGGGCUAAUCAUGACUAUCAAAAUGUACUUGUUUCUGAAGAAGGUUCUUAUGAAAAUGGAAGAUUGCGUUGCCGUUUCAAGAUCAGGAGAGACUUGGAUGAGGAUUACCCAGAACUGAAGCCUUUGAGAGGUGCUCCUAAUCAUCUCCUUUUUGCUCAUGGAUUUGCUAACAAAGGUAGCCCUCAGCGUCAUGGCCUAAGUGUUGAGGAACUACCUCUGGCUUCUGCACAGCGUGUAGACUUUGGAAGAAUGUCUAACUAUUAUGGACGGUCCAGGUACCCAUUGGCUAAAGCUCAUGGCUGCUUGAUGAUCUUAGCUUGGGUAUUCUUUGCCUCAAUUGGGCUUCUUCUGACCAAAUACUAUAAGCCUAUGUGGCCUAAUUCAAGAAUAUUUGAGCACAAGUAUUGGUUCUUUGGUCACUUCAAUUGUAUGGCUACCAUGUUCAUCAUUGUAAUCAUUGCUAUCAUCCUUAUCUUUGUGGAAGCUGGUGGUUACAGUGAGGCCCCUGAAUUACCCCAGAAAGCUCACCCAAUACUUGGCAUCAUCAUCUUGGUCUGCAUUAUUAUUAAUCCAAUCCUUGCUUUGAUUCGUCCCUCAGAAGACAACAAAUGUCGACCAGUGUUCAAUUGGUUUCACUGGGCUUUUGGUACCAUUGCCAAUGUGCUUGCAAUUCCAACAAUCUUCAUUGGCAUGGACUUUGGUAAAGUAAUGGUGCCAUGGUGGGCUACUUGGAUUCUGGUCAUUUGGGUCAUUUUCCACAUCAUUGUUGAACUGUCUCUAGAAAUACAUCAGUGUUGUACCUACAAGAAAAAUAAAGAGCGCAGAAGAAAAUGGGAACAGACCAAGAGGGAAUAUCCCAAACAGCAUCAUCCGGAGCCUGACCCAGUUGGUCACAGAUUCAAACGUUUCAUGCUGUUCCUACACAUCGGCUUCACUUUCAUAAUUACACUCAUGAUGAUCAUAAUUAUAGCUGUUUCUUAAUUAUGUUGGCCUCAAUAGUAAAUGCACAUUUUUCAAUUACCAGCUAUUUUAUACAGUCUGCAUAUAAAUGUUGGUGAACAACAGAAAGUAUUCAACAUCUAAAAUAAUAUUCUUAAUGAUUAUUUUUUAUUUUCAAAUAAUUGAGCACAGUACAAAAAAUAAAUUGUAUAUUUAAUAGAGUUUAAGAACAGUUAAUAGAUUGAAUCUUUGUCCAAUGUUAAAAUUAGUGUAAAAUUAAUAAGUGGGUAGAUUUUUUUUUGUCUAAGCCAGUCUUUAGUAAAUAUUGACAUUAUUCAACGAAAUUGAAACAUUUUUAUGUGAAGACAACUUGUGUGUGUGUAUGUGUGCAUGUAAUAUGUUCCAGUACUAUUUGCAUUGUAUUGAUCAUACUGCUCGGUUUAAUGGUUUGAAUCAUCAUGUACAUACUUACUGUGAUUUAGUUUUGAUUACUCUUGCUUUUGAAUUUAUUGUAGAACUGUUGUAUUAGAAUGAAACUUUUGUUUUAGUGAGUUGUUUCAGUUACUGUAGUCCUCAUGAUGUAUUUUGUGAUUUUUAAAUACGUUUUUUUUUACAGCUUUUUUGUAUGUUCAUCUUAAUUUUCAUUUUUACUUUCAUCUUUAUUUUUGUAUUUUUUUUUUUUAAUGGAAUGACAGAUUUUUAGUCAAAUUUUUUUUUUUUUGCAUGUGCAACUUUUUAUAUCAUUGGCUAAGUUAUAUUUCAUUGAUAUUAUUUGAAUAUAUGCAAUGUUUUCUUCUCUAUAUACAAGUCUUUUUAAUCUCAACUUUAGACAUUUUAAGAAAAAGUAUUCAGCAGUUUAAAAUAAGUUUCAAUUUUUUUUUAAGAAAUGAAUUGCUAUGCACAAUAAUUGUCUAAAAGUUUUUUCAGAAGAUCUGUCAGUACGUUCUUGUUAUUGUUUAAACACAUUUACACUGGUGCUAUUUCUGCCUGUAGUUUAUUCUUUUUUUGUACACUGUACAUUUGAAAUAUGUAACUUAUACACUCAUAUUUUAGUGAUGCUAUUUAAUGUUUGUGAACCUAAUUGUCUCUUGACAUUAAAUGAUCUGUCUUAAUAAAUUGUUUACUGUUGAAAUGAUAGAGCAAAUUGCAAGCGAAAAGGAAUUUUGAAAUAAAAGUUGUUUCCUAUUUUACCAAUAAUUUUACAACAGUAACAAAUUUUCUGACUUCUUUUUGUCUCAUAAUGAUUCAAUUGUAUACCAUAUAACUAUAUAUGAAGCUUUGCUGUGUAUGGUAUAAUUAGACAUUGUAAUAAUAUUAAAUAACCUUUUCACAUUAAAACAUAUUUAUAAUAGAGAUAA